GUUUGGCAAUUCUCUACCGGGCGUAUAAUUUUUUCACAUUGGAUAUUUGUUCAAACAUUUUCUGGUUAUUGUAAAUUUAAGGAAAAUGUGGAAGUACUUUGUAUUUAUUUGCGUAUUUCUACAAACUUCAAACGCUGUGUUGGAGUCCGAUGCUAAUACGUUGGUUUUGUUAGAUAAUUUAGCAAUUCGAGAAACCCAUUCAAUUUUCUUUAAAUCGUUGCAAGAGCGGGGAUUUAACCUUGUUUAUAAAUUGGCAGACGACUCUGGUCUAGUGCUUUCACGAUAUGGAGAAUAUCUUUACAAGAAUGUUAUUAUAUUUGCUCCCAGUGUUGAGGAGUUUGGAGGCGAUCUAAGUGUUGAAAAGUUGACAGAAUUCGUUGACGAUGGCGGUAACGUUUUAGUUGCUGCUAGUGAGCAAUCGGGUGAUGCUUUGCGUGAAUUCGCUUCAGAAUGUGGGUUUGAAGUUGAUGAGGAAGGAGCUUCUGUUAUAGAUCAUUUAAAUUAUGAUGUCUCUGAUGUUGGGGAUCACACUACUAUAUUAACUUCAGCACGAAACCUCAUCGAUGCACCAAUUAUAGUUGGUGCCAAGAAGUCUGCUCCCUUAAUUUAUCGAGGAACUGGGUUAUUGGCAGAUAAAGAAAAUCCCCUAGUAUUACAUUUGUUGUCUGCAGAAAGUACAGCGUACAGUUAUAAUCCUGAACAGACUGUCAAAGAAUACCCACACGCAGUGGGACGGGAAACGUUGCUUAUUGCUGCUUUGCAAGCGCGUAAUAAUGCUCGAGUUGUAUUUUCUGGAUCUCUGCACUUCUUUUCUGAUGAAGCUUUUACAGCACCUGUCCAAAAUGCACGAGAUGGAACAAUAAACAAACAAGCAAGUAACCAAGACGUGGCCACUGCAAUAAGUAGGUGGGCCUUCGGCGAAAGUGGACGUUUACGUGUUGCUAGAGUGAACCACCACAAAGAAGGAGAGUCUCUACCGCCUGAGCAAGCUUACACAAUUGUCGAUCCAGUUGUGUAUACUAUAUCAAUAGAAGAAUUGGUGGAUGAGAAGUGGAAACCGUUCAAAGCAAAUGAUGUACAGUUGGAAUUUGUUCGAAUCGAUCCAUUCAUACGUACUACACUUAAGCAAGUAAACGGUGGACGCUAUGAAGCUAGAUUUAAGAUACCUGACGUGUACGGAGUGUAUCAAUUCAAGAUAAACUAUGAUCGAGUUGGUUACACGCAUCUUUACAAUACCACCCAAGUAUCUGUUCGUCCUCUGGAACAUACGGAAUAUGAACGAUUCAUUCCUAGUGCAUACCCCUACUACAGCAGUGCUUUCUCCAUGAUGAUUGGCGUUUUUAUCUUUUCGUUUGUGUUUUUACACUUCAAGGAUGAAAAUAAUGCAGUCUCUGCAAAGAGUGGGAAAGCAGAUGACAAAAAAAUGCAAUAAAUAUGAUGAACUGCCACAAAGUAGGCGAAAUUGUAAUUGUAAUUUUUAAGCUAAUAAAUACAUCUUCAGAUUUGAAUAAAUAAAGAAAUCGAAUUAAAAAAAAAAAAACAAAUAAAAC